AUGAGCGCAGCAGAAUGGGCGCAAAACAUUGUCCCAGACGGAAGAGACUACCGCGCUUUAUCAAUGCAGUACAAAGUCCGAGCUCUCCAUGAACUACAACACGCUCUUCCAGAUUCUCAAGGAAGUGAGGGUAAUCUUUUAACCUGCGUUCUGUUGGCAUCUCUCGAAAUCGCACAUGGAUCGUGUCCGACAUGGCUGCGUCAUCUUCAAGGCGCACUCGCUCUACUUGAGAGUUUCGGAAACAACAUCGACCCCAAUGUAGCCGAAUUUGUACUCCAGUAUUUCCGGUUUCGAUAUAUUCUUAUGGAGACUACGCAACCUACCCACCAGGACUCGUUACACCAAGCAAUGGCUGGUUUGGCCAAAGCCGAGGCUACACUCCCGCAUUCUCGGAAUUUGGUUGAUGAACAGAUUGGUUGCUCAAUGGAUCUCGUCGACAUUAUUAACGAAAUAUCGUCACUGUCUACCCACGGCAUUUCCAAGGAUCAACUAUAUACAACAGGCCAAGAAAUUGAACAACGACUCGAAGACCUUUGUUUUCAGGGCACUGACGACUACCUCUUGCGAAGCGCCGAGUCUUUUAGAAUUGCAGCGCAAAUCUACCUCCGCCUCGUGUGCUACAACACAGCCAUCACCCACCCAUCCAUCCUAGCCCUCCACGAAUCUCUUCUUUCAUGUCUUUCCGAUAUCAUCGUUGAGGGACAGACUCGAAGAUCAUUCCCAAUGUGGCCACUGUUCCUAGCAGGCUGUGCAUGCUCAUCAGAUGAACAACGAAAGGUUGUGUUGGAUCACUUCAUGUUGAUGGAUAGUAAAUGGCCAAUUAGCAACAUCUCCGCUGUUUGGAACGCACUCAAGCUGAUCUGGCAUACAAGAGAUCUUCAAGUAUCGAGUACAAACCAAGACUGGAGGGAAAUCAUCCACAAAUUUGGAUGGAAGCUCUCGUUAUCAUGA